GGUUUUUCGAACAUCGUCGUCUUUGUACACAUGUCCACGCUCGACUACUGUAGGUAUAACUCUAGUCAUUUCAAAAUUAGUGUCGAAUUUGCCAUGAAGUCGGAAGAGAUUUGGAACGCGAUCAAGGACGAACUGCUGGCGCUCAGUGUCCAAGAUGUGUACAUGAUCCUAAAUGUCGUGUGUUUGCUUGUGUUUGUGUAUUAUUUGGUCUGUGUGGUGCUUGGCGUGGCCCCCAAGGAAAAGAAACCGGAUCCGACCUUGCUUAAGGCGUACUCGUUUGGGCACUGGUGGCUGUGGACACUACUGGGCGUGGCCAACCUGAGCGAGCGAGUGUUUGGGAUCACGAUGUUUGCCAUUCCCGUGGAAAGACUCAAGGAACUCCUUCGAUCUACCCCCAAAGAAGCCGACCAAUUCUUUGGAGACCCCGCCACGACCAUCGAGCUGUUUGACACCGUGAUCGAUGACCUCGCGAAAACGUCGACGCUGUCUGCAUAUGGUCGGUAUAUGGUGACGAAAGACCUGACGGCGUCCCUCUUGGCUCGCAAGGCGUUCAUGGAAUACGUCGUGGAACACCCCGAGGUCAUUGAUGAAACCGUCGAGGCACCAAUUGUCAUCACGGGCGUUGCUCGCACGGGACAAAACUUGCUCUACAACCUGUUGGCGUUGGAUCCGUCCUUAAGAGCGCCACGUCAUUACGAAUCCGAAGCGAUGGCGUACUCCCCCGUAGCCCCCCCCAAGGCCGGGGCCGUGGAUUCGACCCACAUCUGGCACAAUCGAAGCUACCACGCGUGGCAAAGCACAUAUCGCCUGGUGCCGGAACUGUACGAGUCGCUCGUGGCGGUGCAGUACAUGGACCCAAUAAGCUUCUGCGACGACACUGUCAUUAGCCAACAUGUCAUGCCAUCGACUUUGUAUUCCGCGGUGCUGGGGGAUGCAGCGAGACGACUGCUUGUGGCGUUGCCCAAUGCUUCCAACGUGUACUCGUACCUUCGUCGGUACUUGCAAAUGCUACAAACCAACCAAACCAUCGACACCACGACCUCCGAAAAUAACGCCGCCGCCACGGCAGUUACGUCGACGACGGCACCUAGCAAGGCCACGUCAUGGUUGCUGAAAGCGCCGUUCCAUGCAUCUCAUUUGUCUCAGUUGCGUGUGGCGUUCCCGGAUGCGCGUGUGGUGGUACUGCAUCGACCCAUGACCGCCGUCGUGCCCUCGAGUGCCACGCACUUGCUUCGAGUCAUGCACCCAGCUUUGAAGGGCAAAGCGUUGGACAAGAAGCAUUUGGGGCGAGUCGCGUUGGAUUUGUGCAGCGAAAAGGCGGCUGCACUGCAUGAUUUCCAGUCGUCCAAGUCGUCCAGCGAUGUAGUUGAUAUCUCGUACGACGACCUGGCGGCUGACCCCAUUGAUGUGGUCAAGACCUUGUACGCCAAGUGGAACAAGGACGUGUCGGACGAGCAUGCUGAGAAAAUGCAGGCCUAUUUGACUGACAAGCCCAAGGGCAAGUAUGGGGAACUCAAGUAUUCGCUGGAAGAGUUUGGACUUAGCACCUUGGUCGUGGACUCGCUUUUUGCCAAAUACUCGACGAAAGGCUCUGAAUACAUUGGCAACUCGGACCUAGCGUCGUCAGUUCCAGGGUCACCAUUGAUUCAAACUGCUUAAAACACACCGGUUUUGCAUGUUAUAAGCUUAUGAAUACAGUCCGCUGUUUGCAUCAAACACACA